UAAGCAACAUGGUGUGUGGUGCUUAUCAGUGGGCUACCGCAAACACUGAGAGAGCUCAGUUUAGCUUUGGCUCUGUUUCCUUCUUGUAAAAGGAAGUGCAGCUGUAUCACUCUCACCGUGCAAAGAGGUGAAAUGGCGCAGCAACGAAUACAGGAAGACCAGGCAAAUCAUUUCUGUUCGAUCUGUUUGGAUGAAGUCCAGGAUCCAGUGGUCAUUCCCUGUGGGCACAGCUACUGCAUGAGCUGUAUGAAAAGCCACGGCGAAGAGGACAAGAAGAAAAUCAACAGCUGCUCUGAGUGCAGACUGGCCUUCAGAUCUAGGCCUGCUCCAGAGAAAAACAACGCGUUAUCAGAUUUGGUGGAGGACUUUGAGAAGGCUGGACUCCAAGCUGCUCCGGCUGAACACUGCUAUGCCGGACCUGGAGAUGUGGGCUGCGAUAUUUGCACCGGAAGAAAGCUGAAAGCCGUCAAGUCCUGCAUGCAAUGUCUGGUCUCAAGCUGCGAGGAUCACCUGCUGCCUCACUACGAAUGCCCCGUCUUGAAGAAACACAAGCUGACCAACCCCUCAAAAAAGCUGCAGAAGAAAAUCUGCUCGAGGCGCCUGCGCUCCGCGAAAGACCGGAAAGAACAUGAGAAAAUUGUAGAAGUGAUCAAGAAGAAGAAAGAACUCAGCGUCUAUCAGCAGCAGAUCCAGCAGGGAAUUGAUGGGCGGAAGAGGGACGUGAAGAUGCUCCAGCAGGAGUUUGAGGCCAUUGGUCACUCCGCCGACAAAGCUGUGAGGGACAGCGAUAAGAUGUGCGCGGACAUGAUACGAUUACUUCAGAAGCGAAGUGAUGAGGUAAAGCAGCAGGUCAGAGCCCAGCAGGAAAGCAAGCAGCGACAGCUCAUAGAGCUUCAGGACAAGCUGAAUCAGGAUCUCGAGCAGCUAAAGCAAAUCGAAUCUGAGCUGUAUCAGUUCCUACAGAAAGAAUCGCAACCAGCUCAUCCUGUCGACCCUCAAUGACACUGACAAACACUGUUGAUAUCUGGACUAUCACUAUGUCCUUCUGACCUGAAAUCUGGACAUGCACAUAUACCUCAGUACUACUAAAUAUUGGUUAGUUUGCAACGCACGGGGCUCACCACAAACAGACCAGACGAUGCGCUAGAAACGGCAGCUGAGACGUGUGUUUUUUGAUUUUUUUGAUCCAAACAUACUGAUUUACUGGCUCUGAAGAGUCACCCAGCAUUAACAGCAUCUCCCCUGUGCUGGAAACCUAUAAGCUAGAGGAUAUUAUUGGUGACUUUUAGUGGACCAACGAGGAAAACGAAACGGUAGCUAACGACCCAGCAUCUGUGUUUACCACAGCACAUGAAUCAAUUAAAUUCAUGAUAAUCUGACUGACGAGAGGCCAUAUAAGCAUUUUACUGAACUUUAGAUGUGUACGUAGUAAUAUUAUACUGUAUAAUGAUGAAGAAGAAAAUAAUCUUUUGUAAAAAUUAUCUUAUUUUGUGUACUCAUUAAUGUUAAGGAUCCGAUUCUGUAAAUUUUCUGACGUUUUGUCCUUGGCAACAAUGCUGCAGCUUGUUUUAUUUUUGCUCCUGUGAUUCCUGUGCCACCAAAGGGCCUUGACAGCAUCCUGUCUUAAUCAUGUGGUGGACAGAAACUAAAGACUCACCACUUUAACUUCUUAUGUGUGCGAAUAAUGGAAAAGAAAUUUAUCUGUACCCUACAGUCGAAUGAAAUCAAGAUCCACUACUGUUAUAAAUGCUGAAAUAAAGAAGGAUGAAUGAUUCAA